AUGAAAAUCCGCAUAACGAUUUACAAGGUGACUGCUGGUUUUUUUUUCAGGCAGAGUGGAUGUAAGAUUCCCGACAGAAGUAAUCAUGUUCGGUGGCAGGAAAAUCCAUGCUCUCCUCGACGAGAAGAGAAUUCGAGCUUCAGGAAAGAAUCCGAUUUCUGGAUCAGUAAACAAAAACCGAAAGAAACAAAAAGGAUCAUUGAUUGGAUCAAUGGACGUGGAUCUUCUGAAGUGGAACACUGUGAUAUCACUGGAGAAGCAGUUCAAAUGACCAACUCGGAUCUCUUAUACAUUUUGGAUAACGUAAAUGUCACAACUGCAUUGAAUAUCGGAUGCAAAGUUCAAGAAGAUUUUCAACAUGAUCUACCAAAAACGCUGAAGCAUUUUUAUUGCUCAUACUCGAAGUGGAUGACUCUCGAUCAGUUAAUCUCUCAAAACUUUGAGUUUGUCAGUGUUUACAAGUCAGGGAUCACCAACCAGGAUAUGAUUGCUUACCUAGAGAAGGUCUUGGCUGGUGAACUACCGAAGUUGAACUACUUUCAAGCAGAAAUUGAAGAAUGGACAUUGACGGAAUUACGAAUAGAGUCCGUACUGUUCAGAAGACGGAAUCUAAUAUUCGUUUUCUGGUCGCGUAUAAGAAAUUUUUUCCGGUUUUCCGAGAUAAUUGGGGGAAAAAUUAACAAAAAACUUGAAAAGUCUGAAAAAAUCUGGAAAAACGCCGAAAAUGAAGAAAUAAAUUCGAAUUCACGCGCUUUUACAAACAGGCUGGUUUGA